AGAUAUGGUAACACUAACCAGUGCCAUGCCCUCGGCUCAGCGAACAACUGUUUAUGUAAACUACGACAAUAUGUAAUAUAAACUUUACUUUUAUCAAACGUCGUCAAAAGUAAUAAUAAAUAUCAAUUUAGAGUUGCAUUAUUCGUGUUGAACGCUAAAUAUUUCGUAAUUGAACACGGAAUUUAUUCAUAAUUUGUAGCUCGAAGAAUUGUGCAGCUGUGUUGUGUUAUGUGCUAGUGAAAAAAAAAAACAACAUAAAAAUAGUAAUUCAGUCGAACAUCAUGUUCAUUUUGUGCGUUUUAAUAAAUUUUGAGUACAGAAUCUAACAAAAUCACAGUUUGUUUGUAAGCGUGGAUCUUAAUAAGCGUGUAAUUAUCGUUGAGAGAUUUCGAAAAUAUUUAAAAUGCGCUCAAAAGUGUCGAAAUAAUGAUAUCGCAGCCAAAAAACAGAGUACAAGCCAUAAAGAGUAAAUUCGAGAACUUAGGAAACGAGAACAAACCGCUCUUGAUAAAACACACAACCACACAGUUGUGUAAACAGAAAAAUAGCGGAGUGAACAUUGAAGAAAAACACGAUCAAGCUAUUGUAAACCAUGAGAAGAACGUAGGAUUUGACUCAUCAAUCGGCGACCACGAACCUAGGCCAAAUACCAGCUAUUUAUAUAGCAGAGCUGAUCUGAAGGCCAUUAACAGUGACAAUAAAACCUGUUUAUCACGUCAAACCAGUGACCCAGGAAAAAAGUUGCACAGGAGUCAUGCUUUUAGAUGUGAUAGAAAUCAAAUAGCACCUAAAAGGCACGGUAGCUGUAACGGUAGGUCGGAAACAGCAAACUUUACAAUGAUAUCAAAUCAGAAGUUGAGUAAAGAAAGACUUAAAAUAUUAGGUAAUUUUUUAGAGGAACAAAUGAAGAAGGAGAAUUUCACGCCACAAGGUUGCACUGAGGAUGUGGCGAACACGAAUUCAGUGCCGGAUAGCCAAGUGCCACAGUCCAUUUUAGACCAAUAUGCUAAAGUCAACAAAGUGAAGAAAAAAGAUGAAAAACAAGAUUCCACAACUGAUAGUGGAGUGAGCUCUGAGACUGAGAAUCUGGAUGAUGAGAAGGGACGUAUAAAGAAACUAAUGACACAAUUUGAGAAAAAAUCUGAAGUAACACCAAAUUUAGAAUCUAUGGAUCAAUUGUCAGCUUCCAGUGAGACCAUGAAGCUGGAGCGCAAGAAUCCGCAUCUAAAACUAACGGACACAUUAAAGAAGGCAUUAAAACAACCAUUACCAGCUGGUCCUCCACCGAAAAAACCACCAAGAGUCUUUGCUACCAUAACUGAAAACGUGGAAACACCUAAGAAAGACCCAAAAAAGAUGCUCGAAAAACUGGAACAGGUAUAUGAGCAACGAAAAGCUGAUCAGAGCAAAAAUAUCAAAACAGCAAGUCCAAAAAAACCCAGAGAAGUACACUAUCUGUGCACCGAAAUCCUAGACAUAGCACAGAGGACUCUACCACCGAUUCAUCCAUCAGAUCCUCUGUCCAGAUGCUUCAAGUCCUUAAAUUGUUCAUUCACAAACUCAACAUCAAGUCUUCCAUACACCCGCUUAAGCACACACAACGAAUUUGACCCUUGCAAUUGUAAUUCUAACAACGAAUUAUCAACGUUCCUGACUGAGAAAUGUUCGAAAUGUCAAUCAAAUGACAACACUGACAGCUUUAAAUGUCAUCUGAAAUGUGAAUGCUCAGAUAAAAAGUCUGAAUUCUUCGUUGAUAAGGAGCAUGUGUAUAACGAACCAUACAAUGGGGAUACAAGAACGGAAUGCGAGAGAAGGAGUCAUUACGGGACUCUUAAUACUUUGAAGACCUCUAGCCGAAGCUUGGAAGAGCUACGACCGAUUAAGAAGGAAGAGGACGAGGUUAUUUACGACGUACCAGCCGAGGAAACCCGCCCGGAUUCGCCGGCGAGCACGAAAAGCGACUUCCUCAAGCUCCGGGAGAAUUUCGAGAAUCCUAGUCAGCCAAUGAGGGAGACGGAUGCGCUCAAACCGAUCUUGAAGCUGUCAAGGUCGACAGAGAACAUAGAGGAUAGCUUGAAGAAGAACAUGACCAGGAAGUUUUGGACGGAGACGAAAAGAACCAGGAAUCGAUGCGAGGUUCUGACGAGGGAGAGUCCGCCAAAGAGCUACAACCAGUUGCACGUGGACAAGGAGAAUCUGAAUCGUCUCAUGAACGAAAUAUACGAGACGGUGACAGCGGCCUGCAACAUGGACGAGAAUAGACCCGGGUGCUUCCCAACCGAGAACUCCGACGGCAGUACCAGCGAAGAAUCUGUCAAAAUAACCAGGAACCUAACAGAGAAACGCAAGAACUACGUCCGCAGGGUCUCCAGUCGGGUAGCGUAUCUCGAUAAGAAGCCGAUAACCCAGAAAUACCGUCACCAAACGUCGGUCUGCUCCUACAAGCCGGACGCACCCGAGAACCAGUACUCGACGUUUAGAUCCUGGAAGAGCUUCAGGGCGUCGCAGACGAACCUACCGAAACUAAGAAUGGAUUCGUUGGAUUCGAAAUGCAAUCUCACCGACUCCUGCGGGAAUCUGUUGACUGGAGACCUCGACGGGUUGAGUAUCGAUGAAAAGGCCGGGUGCUUAGAUAUUGAGCUGCCUUUCGAGCCAAGGGAGAAGGGACUGUUUAAUGUGUGCCUUCUGGUCGGCAUGAACUACAUGACCGGCCAGGCGUACGUGAAGAGCGUCUUCCCGAAGCAGGUGCAAGUGCCGCCGCACAUCGAGAACCUGAUAUUCCCCGAAACGUUGAGCACUGAUUCGAAGAGCGAGUGGUCGGCCAACGCGACAGACACUCAGUGCUACUCAUUGGUGCUCACCGACGAGAGAGGCGAGAGAUCUUACGGAUACUGCCGAAGAGUUCUCCCCGAAGGUGGAACCAGCUGCCUCCCCCUGUGCUAUUGCCUGAUCGGGAAAUACAGAGCACCUGGGUUUUAUUAUAAGGUCCUCAAAGAAAUCGAAUCUCACCACGGCAGCUGCGAGACGAACAUCAACUUCGUGCUGCAGAAGCUGUUCGAGAUGGACUUCCCGGAGCCCGGCCAGGGCGUCCCGGUGCCGCACAGGCCCAGGACCGUGCCGGACUACAGACAGUGCAAAAGUGAACUCACAUGUGAAAGUGCUAACGGUGCAAGUGUAAACAGUGCAAGUGACAGUGCAAAGUGCAACGACUAUGAUGUGCCGGAGUACUCUGACCUGCAGAACAACAACGGACCGAAGGAAGUCCUGCUGGACCUCUGCAGUCCGGGCUCUAAGGUUAUCAAGCGGCCGAUAGUACCUCGGGUGGACGAGGAUUGCCUCUCUAAGAUGCUGGACCUGCUCGGCUCCGGGCUGGCGAUCAAGGUGUUCGGCUCCCUGCUCCUGGAACGAAAGGUCAUCAUAGUCGGGGAUAAACUAAGCGACAUCUCGAGCUGCCUGGAGGCCCUGCAGCUGUCUCUGUACCCGAUGGUUUGGCAGCAGCCCCUGAUAUCGACGGUCCCGGGGGAGAUCCAGCACGAGGCCAUGGACGCCCCGCUGCCGAUGCUGGCCGGGAUGCUGAAAACCCAGGACUUGGACACCAGCGGCGUUGGUUUCGAAGAGGGUAUGCUGAUAGACCUGACGCAUCCGUCCAAAUUGAGGUUCUACCAGGGCGACGAGUCCACGAUCCUGCCUACGUCGAGCUACAAGACCCUGAAGACCUCCUUACAGAUGGAGUCCACCAAAAACAAGGACAAGCAGGAAGACACGAAAACCCGCAACGUGAUGAUCUCGGAGGCGUUCAUGAGGUUCUUCGUGGAGAUUCUGGACGGGUACUGGAGGCACCUCCGGGUCGGCGUCGUCGGCGAGGCGGACCUGGGCAAUGACGGAGUCUUGUUCGACAAAGAGUCGUUCAUCAAAAGCGCCACCACGAAGCAGAACCACUACUUCCUGGAGUGGUUCACGGAGACGGCGAUGUUCAAUCACUUCAUCCGGAACAUGUGUACCCGACACGCCGCCGCCGCCGGAGCCCUACAGGACACCCCGCUGCCGGACUACUACGACCAGUUCCUCGACAGGGUCACCAGCCGGAGCCGGUUCGCGACACAAAAGAUCGAGGGGAAGAACUAUCGGGGAGCCGUCAAUAGGAAGGUCAGGCUGCUGAAGAACAAGCUCAAGGACUUGAUAGGAUGAUGCCGCGUCAGCUGUGACGUCAUACGUGGGUACAGACAAGCCGCGACACAUAUUCAAUACUAGAAGCGCUAAACAAAACUCUAUCAGUGGUUUUAGAUGCUUCUAUUGAAUACACAUCGGCUGAUGCUGUGUCAGUGGUGACGUCAUACGUGUGUAUAGACAAGCCUGUCACAUAUUCAAUACUAGAAGCGCUAAACAAAACUCUAUCGGCCCUUUUAGAUUCUUCUAUUGAAGACACAUCGGCUAAUGCUACACGUCAGCUGUGACGUCAUACGUGUGUGCAGACAAGCCGCGUCACACAUUCAACACUAGAAGCGCUAAACAAAUCUUUAUCAGCCAUUUUAGAUGCUUCCAAUCAAUACACUCAUGCUCAGUUGUGUAUCGAAUAAUAAAAUUAUCUUUUAAUUAAUGUCUAAUUUAAAUGAACAGAAUUUGUUUUUUUUUUUGUAUACCGACAUUUUUAAAUUAGUGAAAUAAAAAUUCGGAUAUUGUCUCCUUUGUAUAUAUUUUUUUAUUUGAAUUUUCAACUUUGAUUUAAUCUCUUUAAACAACGUUGAUGAUCGAUUUUGUAAUAAUAAGCGUCUGUAGUUCUUCGCUUACGAGGAAUAAGUAUUUGUAAUGUUUUAAAAUUGAGAGAGUUGUCUUUGCGAAAUGUGUCUCUCAAACGAUUUUUAUAUUAGUUGAAAACAAAAAAAGUGUUUAACCCUUUGCCGACUGUGUAGGUCACUGGUACCCUACGCGGCGAACUGAAGUAAUUAUGUCGAAUUCUGUUAAGCCGGAAUAUCUAGUAAACUCCGGGAAAGACGAAUCCGAACGUAACUGAGAAUGAAUCUAAGAAAUCCAAAAGACAUACAUUAACAAACAAAAGAAGGCAAAGUUAGGUAAACCAGGCGGUUAGUAAGCCAUAAAAGCAAUAAAAGCAAUAAAAAAAGCAAUUAAAGCAAUAAAAAAAAAAGUAACAGAUAUCGACAUAAUUACUCCAGUGCGCCGCGUAGGGCACGGGUGACCUACAAGGCAGUCAAAGGGUUAAGAAUUUAUUUCGUCAAUUAUGUAAUAAAUAUUUAAGAUGUCCUUAGGAUGUGGACAUCUAAGAUAUUUUAAGAAGGAAGUAUGCUCCGCGAACGCGAUCGAAUAGCGUGGCAUCCGGAAUUUCAUAUCUCGUAGCUUUAAAUAAGUUAUAUUUUAAAUUGUUUAUUUAUAAAUUGAAUCAUCACAAAAUUCGCCCGAUGUACGUACAAUUACCAAACCAAAUAUUAAAUUACUCGCAUGUCAUCCACACAUUCAGAAUGAUCAUAAAAACAAUAUUUAGGUGCAUUCAAAAUGGCUGCCUUUCUAUUUUGUUUCCCGCCGAAAAUAAUGAAACAUAGAAUUUGACGUAAAGACUUUUUUUUUGCACUGCAACUUGGAUGUCUUUUGUUAAAUUGAAGUUUGGUUAUUUCGUUUUAUCGUGAAUAUUGGAUAGAAAUCUAUAAAGAAAUAUUAAAAAAAUGUUUAAUUGUGAAUUUUGGUUUAACGCCAUUUUGUUUUAAUUUUAUUUUAAAGUUAAAUCCUGCGACAAACCAGUGCCGUUCAUUUAAGUGCCUUUAAAACUUUUAUUUUUAAGUUAUUCCAGUUUUAUAAUGUAACGAAUAAAUGUAUUAUUGAUAAUUUUGUAAAA